CCCUAAAUCCAAGGAGGACUGUUUCAUUUAUGUUAGACAGAUGGAUUAUGAUUCCUGUAAUACAGAUUUACACCUGGGCGAGAAGACAUUCCAGCUUUCUUGUCACAACUUUAUUCAACACUCUAAAGCUAUUGGAGAUGGCUGGGUAUGGGAGAGCAUUGAGGGUACUAAUGAAGGUUACAUGAAAAAAGUUAUUUUGAAAAUGAAAAAUGCUUUUGGUUAUGCAAUUCCAGAACAACAAAAAAUUGUGAAUGAGAAAACAUAUAGGCAGGAGUUUGAAGUUCAGAAGCAUGCAGGCUUCUCUUCUGCACAGAUUCUACAGCAAUCACAACAGAGCUUCAUCGUGCCUCAUUAA